AAACGAUAUUUAUUUGUAAUAUAAAUUUAUCGGAUGAGGAAUAUAUCGAUUAGUGUAUUUCGAUAUCAGUAAUUCACAAUAGCAAAGAAAAUUAGCAAAUAUCUUUCAAAUCGAUUGUGUAUAUAUUUCGGUGCCGAAAAAUAUCAAUGAACUGUUACAGUUGGAAAAUGUUUUUAACAUUUUAUAAAUGUCAUUCAAAAGUUGUGCAAUGUGCAUACUUUACGUCGUAAAAAUACUCACAUUUGCAGUUCAAGUACACUAAUAUUAAAAUUAAGGAUAAAUAUUACUUACUUUAAAUGCGGCGCUCACAACGACUUAUGAAAUAUAGAGAUGUUAGGAAUAAAGCUGAACGUUUGGACAAAAGUAGCAAUUCAAUUACUGACGAUCGGAAUGCUAAACAACAUAUUCAAAAUUUUGAGCGAAAAACGGAUAACGGAAGUAACUCUAAUGAAUUUAGCUUGCCUCAGUUGUCUAACAGUAUAAGUGACGGUCAAAGCAUAGAUGUUAAGAAAGAUACAUGGAACAAAAGUUCAAAAACUAACGCUAAGGUACAAGAAGUAAAUACAAAUAAUAGUAACACAACAGAAGAAAACAAAGCUACAAUGCGGUCUCAGAAUAAUAAACGAUGUACAGCAGCGCCAUCUUCAUCAACUACAAGAAGAGGCAGAAAAAGAGGAACUAGUCGGUCUAAAAUCAACCGACAAAACAAAAAAAUGCGCACCGCAGCUAUUUCAAAUGAGUUUGAAGUUAAAGCACCUUUCAUAUCAAUUGACAAUUACUUUAAUCCCAUAAGAAAUCCAUUGAUGCAAGUUGCAAAUGCCCAGACAAGGCUGAAUAAUGAUUUUUAUUGCCACAACACUAAUAUGCCAACAAAUUAUCUUCAAACAACCAAAGACUCGCUAUUACCGCCAAUGUAUCCAAAUCAUUUUGUUAAUCAAAACUACAACAACAGUUUUAUUAACCAACAACAAUUGCAGUCUUUUGCAGCGUUGGACGCAAACAUUCAACCAGCAAUGCACUUUCCCACGCCAGACUUAACACAAUCACUUGAUUUUGAUUCAUCCACUUCCACGAUUUCUCUGUCAGAUUCUCUGAGAGAACUGUUUGGAUGUGAUGAUAUACGCGAUGUUUUGAAAUUGGAUAAAGUUAUAUUCCGUAUGAGUCGUUUACAUUUACAAACAUUGGCAUUUGUGUUAAAUAUAGAAUUUGAUUAUUUGCAUAGUUUGAUUGAGAAGAUAAUGAAGUUGGAUACAGAGACUUUACAGAAAGUCAUUUUUGCUUUUCAACCAGAAGCAAAUCAACAAAAUGAUACAGUUACAAAUGAAUGAUUAAAUAAAUGAAACAACAGUAAUUUGUAAUGCUUAUAUAAAUAAAUAAAAAAUGUAUCAUUAUGAA